AUGGCGGCGUUGGCGCGGUGGGCGCGGGCCCCGCUGCGGCCGGGCGCCGCGCCUUGGUGCCGGGCGCUGUGCGGGGUCGCCGAGGCCGCUCCCCCCACCCCGCCGCCGCCGCCGCCUCCUCCCCCCCCACCCUCUGCCGGGGGCCGGGCGCUGGCGGCAGCGUUGGGUGCCGGGGCGGCGGCGCUGGUGCUGCUGUGGGCCCGGGAGGGUGAGAGCCGCCGGCCUGCGCUGCCCGCGCUGCGCGCCGCCGUGCCCGCCCCGCCGCCGCCGCCGCCCGCCUCGCCCCGCGCCGCCUUCAACUUCAUCGCCGACGUGGUGGAGAAGACGGCGCCCGCCCUGGUCUACGUGGAGAUCGUGGGCAGGCAUCCCUUUUCGGGCCGUGAUGUGCCCAUCUCUAACGGCUCGGGUUUCCUGGUGUCCCCGGAUGGGCUCAUUGUGACCAACGCACAUGUGGUGGCAAACCGGCGGCGCGUGCGGGUGAAGCUGGCCAGUGGCGAGCAGUAUGACGCCAUGGUGCAGGACGUGGACCAGGUUGCAGACAUCGCUACCAUCAAGAUCAAGCCUAAGGUGUGCAUCGCGGUUGUGGAGCGCUCCCUUCGCUCCCUCCCAUCCGCUCACCAUCCUCCUUUCUUCCAGCACCCGCUGCCCACCCUGCCCCUUGGGCGCUCCUCCGAGGUGCGGCAGGGAGAGUUCGUGGUGGCCAUGGGCAGCCCAUUUGCCCUGCAGAACACCAUCACCUCCGGCAUCGUCAGCUCUGCCCAGCGGGGCAGCCGGGAGCUGGGCCUGACCGCCUCUGACAUGGAGUACAUCCAGACUGAUGCUGCUAUUGAUUUUGGGAACUCCGGGGGCCCCCUUGUCAACUUGGAUGGCGAAGUGAUUGGGGUGAACACUAUGAAGGUGACAUCAGGCAUCUCGUUCGCCAUCCCCUCAGACCGGCUGCGGAAGUUCCUGCAAAAGGAGGAGCAGCGCAAAAGCUCUUGGUUUGGCAAUACAGACACAAAGCGCCGUUACAUAGGGGUGAUGAUGCUGACUCUUACACCGAGCAUCCUGGCUGAGCUGAAGCUGCGUGACCCCAGCUUCCCCGAUGUCUCCUAUGGAGUGCUAAUCCACAAGGUGAUCAUUGGCUCCCCGGCCCAUCAGGCAGGGAUGAAGGCGGGUGACGUUGUGCUGGAGAUCAACGGGCAGGCAUCACGCCGCGCAGAGGAUGUGUAUGAGGCAGUACGGACGCAGCAGAACCUGGCCUUGCUGGUGCGGCGUGGCUACGACACUUUGUUGGUGAGCGUCGUCCCUGAGGUCACAGAGUAGCGGUGCUGUUGCGCAGGCCGCUGUGGGUGCUUGCCAGCGGUGCUGGCCGGGAGCUGAGGACACAGGACUGAACCGUGUCUGUGCGCUGGUCAGGGAGAGACUGAGAGCUUGUGAGGGACUGGAAGGGGCCAGGCAGAGGGACCCGGCCCAGUGUUUGCGUGGACUCAUGGUGCAUCCGCUCCCCUCUGUACUCAAAUAAAGCACUUUUCUAGGGAC